AUGCACUCUUCCACAACAACACCUGCCACACUUCGACCCGUACGCCGCACAUCCUCCACCGCCUCCACUCCGCACACCACCGGCGACGAUAUGGGCUCUCACGAGAGCCAAGAGGUGUCGCACUACCUCGCGAUUAUGCAGCGCUCGCUGAAGCCACCUUGCGACCGCGUUGCCGUCUUGAGUAGCCUCCGAAUGGCCUUCGAUACUGUCACCACGAAGACUGGAGCGAUACGAGCGCCCGAACUCCUCUCGCUGAUGAGUCCUGGCAUGCACGAGCAGCUCGUCAGCGUGAUCCAAAGCGGGCUACCAAACAAAAAGCGGCUGAUGACACACCUGCGGCACUUUGAAAACGCAGAGUUCUGGCGCUUGGGAGUUGUGGAUCUAUAUGGAUUGUUUGGCGACAGCGGCGUCAAACUCUCGAUGCUACGCAAAGCGCGCUUCUUGGAAAAGUACUGUGACGAUGCAGAGGAGGCGAUGGGUCUGCUUCAAGACGCGCGGAGAAAGCGAUACGAAGGCACCACGCAAGUUGGAAAUCGGGCGAAAGGUCUGGAAUGGGCGCCGGUGGAUGCCGCUGCCGCCCUUGAGCGCGCUCGCGAGGACCAUCCGAGUCGAAGCGGCGUCACAUCACGAGCGUCAAGAGCAGCGUCGGCGACGAGUUCACAAGAUCAGGAAGACGAGACAGAGACUACAAGCGCUGGUUCGCCCGACUCGGAAGAAGGGCUGAGUCCUCAGCAAGGACAAAGUGACGACGAUGACACACCGCCGUCGCCGGCGAGCGAAGAGGAUGAAGCUGUGGACAACACAUUGGCGGCGACGACAAUACUGGACCGAAUGCGUUCCUUGCACGGUUCCCAAGGCAUCAAUCCCCGCACGCCGGAGAUGGCCCGUCGCAAUUCCGCCCCGCCGCGCACGGACGACAGCAGUUUUCAAUCUCUCGCGACUUCCACCUCACCCGAAACAUCAACACCUACAUUCAACGACACUGCAAAACAGCACGCGCACCACACGCAAGACGAGCGCGCCACCCGACUUGACUUGCAAGUUCACGACGACGACGACGAUCAGCUCCAGCAACUUUACUCUGACGGUCUCGCGCCAGAAGAGGACACGUCACUGUUCCAACUUGAGCCACCUGAACCGCCUGCCACCGAACCCAAUUCUCCCAGUCCCUCUGCGACGGAAGAGACUCCACGCGCUGCGCUCUCCAAGUCGAUUAUUGGCGCACACGCUGCACCCCAGCGACAGUCUUGUCCCGAACCUGCUUCCCCACAGCUCAAUUACUUGCAACACGUCAACAUGUCGAAGCGCCGCAAGUCCACCUCUUUCUUCGAGCCUAGCACAGCGAAGCGCCGUAAUCAAGGCGAUGCCGACGAACCUACUCCUUCCUUCAACCCCGAGACGUUCGACAUCACCAACGAGGUCCUCGACGAUUUCAUCCGCCAGGUCGCGAAGGGUGACAGCUUUCAGGUUGAAGAUCAUGCACCGAUAAAAGAUGUCGUGGAAUCCCUGCAACAGUAUCGAUUUGAUCAUGUGGACGAGGAAGAUGCGGACGAAAACAGUGACGUUGACAAGGACACACACAAUAUCUUCAUUCAGGUUGGCACUGCUGUCUACGCCUCCGGUGGCCAGCGCUCCAUACUUGUCUGGGCAAACUACACCACCAAGCGCUUGGUGCUCUUCUGUCCCAAAGGAUACUCCAAAAGUGUCGUGAGUGAUCUCACUGCCGCCGCUCAGCUCAACGACCCUCUUCUACUCGAUCUGCGAGACUACUACCUCGAGCAGCCUCAAGCGCAGCCUCAACCCAGUAAGGAUCAUGCGUGCGUUGCAUCUGUCGUCGCAGGUCUUGUGACUGGAGCUGCGAGACCCUCGCCGUCCUGCACCGCUGGCCUGAGUCUGUGGUGUUACGUAGUCUACUGCUUCAACCAGCAGAGGGCACCGGACGGUCAGCAGGCGAUCAAUUUUCGGAGUCAGAAGGACACUGAGGCGGACGUGUUUCAAGACUUCCAGGAAAAUCCGGGAUGGAAGCCUGGAUCCAGCAGAUCCGUUCUCAGCUCCGGCGUCAAGCUCUGCGGAGCCUUCUUCGAUGCCUUCAAUGAUGCGCAGCAAGAGGUUUGCGCCGUGCGCGACGAAGCUGUCGCAGUGCGCAAGCUACUACAGGCUCUUCGCGUCCCUGCCCAGCCCGAAUCGGAGGAAAUCGGCAAGCUACGAAGCGACAUUGACUCCUUGCAAGCGGCUGUCGCGAUCUCUCCGGGACUCGCUUCUAUUCUCAACGACAAGCAGAAGGAACUGGCUACAGCUCUGGAAGGAGUCCGUGGCGCUGAACUGCCCAUAGUCAGUAACCUUGACACCGCCAUGACGGCCGCUAUUGCGGAUGCGACAAUGGUUGAAAGCGCUUUUGGAGAAGCGAUCAAGCGGCUCCGAGAGCAGACUCUGCGGGAUAUCGAGACGCUGCAGGCCCGUCUUGGGUGA